AUGGUGUAUUUGCCCAUGUCUUAUUUAUAUGGGAAAAGAUUUGUCGGUCCUAUCACGUCCACAAUCCGAUCUUUGAGAAAGGAGCUUUAUAUGGUUCCCUAUCAUGAGAUAGAUUGGAAUGAGGCUCGCAAUCUUUGUGCGAAGGAAGAUCUAUACUACCCCCAUCCACUUGUUCAGGAUAUCCUCUGGGGAUCUCUAUACUAUGCCUAUGAACCUGUUUUUAUGCGUUGGCCUGCAAAAAGAUUGAGGGAGAAGGCUCUACAAACUGUAAUGCAGCAUAUCCACUAUGAAGAUGAAAAUACUCGGUAUAUAUGCAUUGGGCCUGUCAAUAAGGUGUUGAAUGUGCUUUGUUGUUGGGUGGAGGAUCCAAACUCAGAGGCAUUCAAAUUACAUCUUCCAAGAAUCUUUGAUUAUUUGUGGAUUGCUGAAGAUGGCAUGAAAAUGCAGGGUUAUAAUGGGAGUCAAUCAUGGGAUACUUCUUUUGCUAUUCAAGCGAUUAUAUCAACUAACAUUGCUGAAGAAUAUGGAACAACUUUAAGAAAAGCACAUGACUACAUAAAGGAUUCGCAGGUUCUCCUUUGUCCUGGAGAUCUUAAUUUUUGGUAUUGUCACAUUUCAAAAGGUGCUUGGCCAUUCUCAACUGCAGAUCAUGGAUGGCCUAUUUCUGAUUGCACUGCAGAAGGAUUGAAGGCUGUUUUAUUACUAUCAACAUUCCCAUCAGAAACAGUUGGGAAGUCAUUAGAUGUGAAGCGGUUAUAUGAUGCUGUAAAUGUUCUCCUUUCCUUACAGAAUACUGAUGGUGGCUUUGCAACUUAUGAAUUAACUAGAUCCUACCAGUGGUUGGAGUUAAUCAAUCCUGCUGAAACCUUUGGUGAUAUUGUGAUUGAUUAUCUGUAA